GAGUUCCUUCAGCCGCCAUGGAUCUCCUCGGAGCCGGGACCGUCUUCCUCAUCAUCUGCCUCUCUUGCCUGGUGGCCCUCUCCACGUGGCGACAGAUGCGCGGGAAGAGCAAGAUGCCACCCGGACCGACUCCCCUGCCCUUCAUUGGGAACUUGCUGCAGGUCAACUUGAAGGACAUGCACCGUUCGCUGGUGAAGAUCAGUGACAAAUAUGGCCCCGUCUACACCAUCCAUCUGGGGCCCCGGCGGGCCGUGGUGCUGCGUGGAUACGAUGCGGUGAAGGAGGCCUUGGUGGACCAGGCUGAAGAGUUCAGCGGCCGUGGGGAGCAGGCCACCUUCGACUGGCUUUUCCGUGGCUAUGGGGUGGCCUUCAGUGAAGGGGAGAGAGCCAAGCAGCUGCGCCGAUUCUCCAUCACGACCUUGAGGAAUUUCGGCAUGGGGAAGCGGUCCAUUGAGGAGCGGAUCCUGGAGGAGGCGCACUUCCAGCUGGAGGCCCUGAGAGAUACCAGGGGUGUACCUUUCGACCCGACGUAUGUCCUGAGCCGGACUGUGUCCAAUGUGAUCAGCUCCAUCACCUUUGGCAACCGCUUUGACUACGAAGACAAGGAGUUCCUCUCCAUGCUGCGCAUGAUGCUGGAAAGCUUCCGUUUCACUGCAACCUCGUGGGGGCAGCUCUACGACUUUUUCUCCGGGCCCAUGCAGUAUAUGCCUGGACCUCAACAGAAAGCCUUCAAGCAGCUUGCCGGGCUGGAUGAAUUUGUCUUGAGGAAGGUGAAAGAACACGAGAAGACCCUGGACCUCAACUCCCCUCGGGAUUUCAUAGACAGCUUCCUGAUAAAAAUGCACCAGGAAGAGAAAAACCCGAACACAGAGUUCUUUCUGAAGAAUGUAGUCCUGACAACGCUUAACAUAUUUUUUGCUGGGACCGAAACUGUCAGCACCACCUUGCGUUACGGCUUCCUGAUUCUGCUGAAGUACCCAGAGAUCGAAGAAAAGGUCCGUCAGGAGAUAGACCAGGUGAUCGGCAGGAACCGUGGCCCCAACAUGGACGACCGCCCACAAAUGCCCUACACCGAGGCCGUGAUCCAUGAGAUCCAGAGGUUCUCUGACAUGAUCCCCAUGGGGCUCGCACGGCGUGUGAUCCGUGACACCCAGUUCCGAGGAUACACAAUCCCCAAG